CGUACGACAAGCUUUUUGGUUACGUUCAUUGGUUGACAAACAGAGAACCUAGAAAUACUCUUAUACUAAUAUUCGCCAGUCAAUAAACGUAUCCGAAAAGCUUGUACGACACGUGAAAUAGCACCCUUAUACAAGAUUCACAGCGCGUCCGAUGUCGACGUACGACAUCCGAUAUCCAAUAGGAGAACAGCUUUCUAAUAUAGAAUUCAAUUCUCCAUUAAAAAGCUAUUAUUUUAUUGGAUAUCGGAUGUCGUACGUCGGACGCAGUGAGAAUCCUGCGUUAUCACUGUUCCGACAAGAGAGUGCAUCUAUAUCGUGACAGCCAUAUGAACGUCUACAAGUUAUUCGUUCCACGUCGAAAAUGUGUGCUAGUCAAGUGUAUGUAAUUGUUGUGAUUACAGUUUGAUCAGAAUAUCCUAUAAAUUUGUCGUUUCCGCACAAGCGCAAACAUCAAGACGUAUAUUCGGGAUAUAAGCAUAAAAGAAUCCAAUAAACUAGUCCAGCAAGACAUUGUGUGAUCUUUCUGCUUUUGUUUUUGCAAACAGUAUAGCAGUAUCCGUGAAGUCGCAUACGUCCAAAAGAGACAAUGGAUCAGGUUAAGGACGAUGUUAUUCUCAGCAAAAAAUUGUCAUACCUAUUGCGUCACGGUGCUGUAAAAAAAGAUCUGAUUAUCAAACCCAAUGGUUUUGUUAUUGUAGAAGAAUUAUUGAAAAAAUCAUUGUCUAGUUAUACCAUCGAUGACAUCAAGAGAGUGGUGAAGAAUAAUAACAAACAAAGAUUUACUCUUAAUGUUGCUGAUGGUAUCUUAGAGAUUAAAGCUAAUCAAGGUCACUCCCUGAGCGGCAUAACUGAGCUGAGUUUAAAAGUACUUGAGUCUGUAGAAUCAGAUAUAAUACACGGUACUUAUUUUAAGCACUGGUCAAAAAUAAAGACUGAAGGUCUGUCUCGUAUGAGAAGAAAUCAUAUUCAUUUUGCUAAAGGACUUAAUUUUGUCAGUGGGUUACGCAGAACUGCAGAAAUCUAUAUUUAUAUCGACUUUGAUAAGGCUAAGAAAGAUGGUUUGAUAUUUCUUGAGUCGGAAAAUGGUGUUAUUCUCUGUGCUGGAAAUUCACGAGGAUUUAUUGAGACGAAAUAUUUUUUGAAAGUGACUAGUAAAGAUGGUCGUGCAUUGAAUCUUAAUGAGAAAUAAUGAUUCUGGUUUUUCUCUUAUUUCUUUAGCAUUGAAGAA